GUAGUGCUCCAACCGCCUCGGCGUGAGCUGCUAUCUGCCGCCGCGUUGGCCCUGCCUGGCCUUUUGUGACAGCGCCACUUCCGCGGGAAUCCUUUACGACCCGUCAGGUGUACCAUGGAGUUGGCGAGGAGCCCCGCAGCCGCGCCCCUGUUCCCGGCGGAGUGCGCCGCCUCGCAGCUGGCCGCCUUCGUGACCCUCCUCGUGAGCGUCAUCAACGCGGGCCAAGAGUCGGAGCGACGCCGGCGGGCGGCGUUGUCCGCGACGGGCGGCGGCCUCGGGGACGCCCAGGAGUACGACGUGGUGGUGGUGGGCGGGGGCACUGCCGGCUGCGUUUUGGCGGCGAGACUUUCUGAGGACGGCCGUCGCCGCGUGUUGCUGCUGGAGCGUGGCGGCACGCAGCCGGCAGAAGCCACGGUGCCAGGGUACGCCGUCGCCAAUCUUCGAUCGGAGCUUGUUCAAAAUUUGCAGGCCGCGGCUGAGCCUCAGAACUGCAACGCCACUGGCUGCGCCCUGCAAGUGCCGCGCGUCCUGGGCGGCGGCAGCUCCGUCAACGGCCUCAUGGUGAUACGGGGCAACGACGCGGACUACGACCAGUGGGCCGAGCUGACGGGGGACUCCUCGUGGAACCACACCAACAUGCUGCGGUACUUCAAGCGAGCGGAGGACAACCUCGAUGUCGCCAUCAACUGGGACACGGAUUUCCACUCCACCGGAGGCCCUCAAAAAGUUUCCUGGCAGCCCUACCGCCACCCAGUGCUUCGCGCCUUCGCCAAGGCCUAUGACGACCUCGGCACGCCGAGCAUCCUGGACAUCAACGGCGGCCAAGGACAGCUAGGCUACUCCAUCGCCCAGACGAUCACCGCUGACGGCGAGCGCUGGAGCACGUACCGCAGCUACCUCAAGCCUGCGAUGUGCCGCUCCAACCUGCGCGUUGAGACCUUCGCCACGGCCAGGCGAGUCCUGCUCGACGACAAGGACGGCCGGCCAAGGGCCACUGGGGUCGAGUACCAGGACGCGGCUGGGCAGGUCCGUGUUGUUCAGGCCAAGGAGGUUGUCCUUUCUUCGGGGACGAUCCAUUCACCGCAGAUACUCAUGAUGUCGGGCAUUGGACCUGCAGAACAUCUCAAGGAGCUUGGCAUUCCAGUUCGGGUCGACCUUCCAGUCGGGGAGGGAUUCAUGGACCAUCCCCGAGCAGUGGGUCUCGUUGCCCAGUGCGACCAGCCCCUUUGUGAGGUAGGAAGUACGCCCGUAAACAUUCCUGCAACCAAUAAUGCGGUGUCCGCCUGGGAAGACUAAAGGCCGGUGCUGGGAAAAAUAUUGCGUUUCCGGGAAUGUGUUUGGAAAUAUCCCAGCGUGCGUCCUGACCGCUUCUGAGCGCCUGUGGAAG